AUGUCUUCUGGCCUUUGCUCUCUCAGUCUCACUCUCAAUUUAAGCUUUCUCCUGGGCUCCGUCUUAGGCUUGAGCUUAGGGCUCGAGUUCAUGGGACUUCCCAACCAGUGGGCUCGCUACCUGCGCUGGGAUGCCAGUACCCGCAGUGACCUCAGCUUCCAGCUCAGGACCAACGUUUCCACCGGCCUUCUGCUCUACUUCGAUGAUGGUGGCAUCUGUGACUUCCUCUGCCUUUCUCUGGCAGAUGGCAGAGUUCAGUUGCAGUUCAGUAUUGAUUGUGCUGAAACCACAGUUCUAAGUGAUAAGAAGGUGAACGAUGGCGGCUGGCACUUUGUAAUGGUUAGUCGAAAUCGGCUAAGGACCACAAUGGUUCUAGAUGGGGAGGCUAUACCUGCAGAGGUUCGGCCACAGAGGCAGAGCAUGAAUAUUGUUAGUGACCUCUUUGUAGCCGGCGUGCCAGGGGAUAUACGCUCCGAUGCUCUGACACACAGUAUGGUCAGGGACAUACCCAUGUUCUCUGGAUAUUUACAGGACUUUAAAUAUGGCAACUCUGAGCCCAGGCUGCUUGGGAGUCACCGAGUGCGCUUCGAUCUGGAGGGGCUGUGUACCGAUAAUCCUUGUGAGAAUGGAGGAGCUUGUCUUUUGCUGGACGGAGUGCCCACCUGUGACUGUACAGCGACUGGCUAUGUGGGCAAGUUCUGCUCUGAAGAUGUCAAUGACAUUCCAGGACUGGCCAAUCUCAUGGUUGAUGACCAAGGACAAUCACAAGCAAGAGAGGAGAACGUGGCCACGUUCCGCGGCUCUGAGUAUUUAUGUUACGACCUGUCCCAGAAUCCAAUCCAAAGCAGCAGUGAUGAAAUUACCUUGUCCUUCAAAACCCGCCAGAGAAAUGGGCUCAUCCUGCAUACCGGCAAGUCUGCAGACUACGUCAACCUGGCGCUGAAGGGCGGAGCCGUCUCGCUGGUCAUCAAUCUGGGCUCCGGUGCCUUUGAGGCCAUUGUGGAGCCGGCCAACGAUAAGUUCAACGAUAACGAGUGGCAUGACGUGAAGGUGACUCGGAACCUGCGCCAGCACUCAGGCAUUGGACACGCUAUGGUAAACAAACUACAUUGUCUGGUGACUAUAUCAGUGGACGGGAUCCUGACUACAACCGGCUACACCCAGGAGGACUACACCAUGCUGGGCUCAGAUGACUUCUUCUAUGUCGGGGGCAGCCCCAGUACUGCCGACUUACCGGGGUCCCCUGUCAGUAACAACUUCAUGGGUUGCUUGAAGGAGGUUGUCUAUAAGAACAACGAUAUCCGCCUGGAGCUUUCCCGCCAGGCCAGGAUUGGAGACACAAAAAUGAAGAUCUACGGAGAUGUGGUCUUCAAGUGUGAGAACGUGGCCACUCUGGACCCCAUCAGCUUUGAGAGCCCGGAAGCCUUCAUCAGCCUGCCCAAGUGGAACACUAAGCGAAUGGGCUCCAUAUCUUUUGAUUUUCGCACCACAGAACCCAACGGCCUCAUCCUUUUCACACAUGGGAAGCCACAGGACAGGAAGGACAUCCGCAGUCAGAAGAAUACCAAGGUGGACUUCUUUGCUGUUGAGUUGUUGGAUGGCCAUCUUUAUCUCCUGCUAGACAUGGGCUCAGGGACAAUAAAGGUGAAAGCCACCAGCAAGAAGGCCAACGAUGGCGAGUGGUAUCAUGUGGACAUCCAGCGGGACGGUCGGUCAGGCACCAUCUCUGUUAAUAGCAAGCGCACCCCAUUCACUGCCAGUGGUGAGAGUGAGAUUUUGGACUUAGAAGGGGAGAUGUAUUUGGGGGGUCUUCCUGAGAACCGGGCAGGGCUGAUCUUACCCACUGAGCUUUGGACGGCUAUGCUGAACUACGGUUAUGUUGGCUGUAUCCGUGACCUGUUCAUUGAUGGGCGUAGUAAGAACAUCCGGCAGCUGGCGGAGGCCCAGAACGCGGCUGGCGUGAAGUCGUCCUGCUCUCGGAUGAGCGGCAAACAGUGCGAUAGUUACCCCUGCAAGAACAAUGCGGCCUGUAGGGAUGGCUGGAACCGCUUUGUGUGCGAUUGUACAGGCAGCGGACACUGGGGAAGGACCUGUGACCGAGAGGCCUCCAUCCUGAGCUAUGACGGCAGCAUGUACAUGAAGAUCGUCAUGCCAGUCGUUAUGCACACAGAAGCGGAGGAUGUUUCAUUUCGCUUCAAGUCUCAGCGAGCCUACGGGCUGCUGGUGGCCACCACGUCCAGAGACUCUGCGGACACUCUGCGGCUGGAGUUGGACGGAGGCAAAGUAAAACUGACUGUCAACCUAGACUGUAUCAGGAUAAACUGUAACUCCAGUAAGGGGCCCGAGACACUUUAUGCGGGGCAGAAGCUGAAUGAUAAUGAGUGGCACACUGUCAGAGUGGUCCGACGUGGCAAGACCCUUAAACUUACCGUGGAUGAUGAUGUGGCAGAAGGUACCAUGGCAGGUGAUCACACCCGCCUAGAAUUCCACAACAUUGAGACGGGCUCCAUGACUGAGAAACGCUUUGCCUCUGCCGUGCCCUCUAAGUUCAUUGGGCACCUCCAGAGCCUCAUGUUCAAUGGCAUGCUCUACAUUGACCUCUGCAAGAACGGAGACAUUGACUACUGUGAGCUGAAGGCACGGUUUGGCAUUCGACCCAUCAUAGCCGAUCCUGUCACGUUUCGGACCAAGGCCAGCUAUCUGACCCUAUCCACCCUGCAGGCCUACACCUCCAUGCAUCUCUUCUUCCAGUUCAAGACCAUCUCAUCUGAUGGCUUCAUUCUUUUCAACAGUGGAGAUGGCAACGACUUCAUUGCGGUGGAGCUUGUCAAGGGGUACAUUCACUAUGUGAUUAAUCUCGGGAAUGGGCCAAACGUCAUCAAAGGAAACAGUGACCGACCCCUGAAUGAUAACCAGUGGCAUCACGUGGUUAUCACUCGAGACAACAGCAAUACCCACACCCUGAAGGUGGACGCCAAGGCCGUAACACAGGUCAUCAGUGGAGCUAAGAACCUCGAUCUGAAAGGUGACCUGUACAUUGCCGGCUUGACUCAGGUUUUGUACAGCAAUCUACCUAAACUUGUGGCCUCCAGAGAUGGUUUCCAGGGCUGCCUGGCCUCAGUGGACCUCAAUGGGCGACUCCCUGACCUGAUCAACGAUGCCUUGCACAGCAGCGGGCAAAUUGAGCGUGGAUGUGAAGGUCCAACAACAACCUGUCAGGAAGAAUCCUGUGUUAACCAGGGCGUGUGCAUGCAGCAAUGGGAGGGCUUCACCUGCGACUGCUCCAUGACGUCCUACUCGGGGCCACAGUGCAAUGACCCUGGUGCAACAUACAUAUUUGCGAAGGGCGGAGGCCUCAUCUUGUACACGUGGCCUCAUAACGACCGGCCGAGCACCCGCACUGACCGGCUGGCUGUGGGCUUCAGUACUUAUGUCAAAGACGGAAUCCUGGUGCGGAUUGACAGCGCGGCUGGACUAAUGGAUUUUCUGCAGCUGCACAUUGAGCAGGGGAAGGUUGGAGUGACCUUUAACAUUGGGUUAGUGGACAUCUCAAUACGUGAAGACAGUACCCCUGUGAAUGACGGCGCGUACCAUGUGGUGAAGUACACGCGGAAUGGAGGGAAUGCAACUCUGCAAGUGGAUAACUGGCCCAUCAAUGAAUACUACCCAGGAGGCAAUACUGAGCUACUCCAAAAGCCGAAACUGUCCUAUAAAUUGCCUCGGAACCCAGAUGACGGCCAACCAGACAAAGGACGGCCCCUGACCAUCUUCAAUACCCAGGCGCAGAUAGCCAUUGGUGGACAGGACAGGGGGAGGCCAUUCCAAGGGCAGCUAUCUGGUAUCUACUAUAAUGGCCUGAAGGUUCUUAAUAUGGCUGCUGAGCACAACCCCCACAUCAACAUUAGUGGAAGUGUGAGGCUGGUGGGCGAAGUCCCCUCAAUCCUUGGGACAACACCGACCACUUCCAUGCCUCCUGAGUUGUCUACAACCAUCAUGGAGACCACCACAACCUUGUCUACUACUACAACCAGAAAGAACCGCUCUUCUCCAGGAUCUAUGGUCUCUUCUCGUUCACAGCCUACAGAUGACCUCAUUCAGUCGUCAGCAGAGUGUGCCAACAGCAGUGAUGAUGAAGAUACGGCAGAAUGUGAAACUGGCACAGGAGGUGAAUUAGUUAUACCUGUCCUAGUAGAGGAUCCCUUAGAUACCCCUUCACUAGCUACACAUACACCCUCCAUCACUCUGUCCCCUUCCUUCCGACCACUUCUCACCAUAAUUGAGACCACCAAAGAUUCCCUGUCUGUGACCCCUGAGGCGGGGUUACCUUGCUUGUCGGACCAAGGCAGCGAUGGUUGUGAGGAUGAUGAUGGCUUGGUGAUAUCGGGGUAUGGCUCAGGGGAAACCUUUGACUCUAACCUGCCCCCUACCGAUGAUGAAGAUUUUUACACCACCCUCUCCUUGGUAACAGAUAAGAGCUUUUCCACAUCAUUCUUCGAUGGUGGCUUCCAAUCACAGGCGCCCAAAUGGGGAUCAAAGGACUUUAGACCCAACAAAGCCUUCGAACCUGGUAGGACUUCUACCACAAGUUUGCCCCCUGAGCUGAUACGCUCCACGUCUGCAUCUGGGAUGGUGCCCAUGGUGCCAGCUGGCAAAAUGAAUAACCAUGAGCUCAAACCCCAGCCCGAUAUAGUGUUGCUAUCGUUGCCCACUACCUACGAGCUAGACAGCACAAAGCUCAGGAGUCCGCUAAUAACAUCCCCCAUGUUCCGUAAUGUGCCCACAGCAAACCCCACGAUGCCGGGAAGCAGACGGGUCCCGGGGCCUUCCGAGGUGGUCCGGGAGUCCAGCAGCACGACGGGGAUGGUCGUUGGUAUUGUGGCAGCCGCUGCUCUCUGUAUCCUGAUCCUCCUGUAUGCCAUGUACAAGUACAGAAACAGGGACGAGGGUUCCUACCAGGUGGAUGAGACAAGGAAUUACAUCAGCAACUCCGCUCAGAGCAACGGGGCCCUGGUGAAGGAGAAGCAGCACAGCUCUAAGGGAGGCCACAAGAAGCAGAAAAAUAAGGACAAGGAGUAUUACGUGUAAAAUAAAAUAUUAAUAUAUGUAUUCAAAGCAAACACAGAUGUGAACUAAUGAAAAAAACUAAAUCGGCAAAGGCAAAACCUACAUUGCUAUUGAUGUCUAGUAGCAUAAACACCAAGGACAGGAGCAGCAACGUCAUGAAUUCUGGAACGGCAGCUGCCUUGUGCCUGAGGCAGGUUUAUGACCAAGAGAGCUGUUAGUGCUCCAUCCAGGCUGGACACAGCUUUCUGCUCAACUGUAAUAUAAAGCACACUUACUACUCUGUUAGCCAUGAGCGGCGGACACAACAGAAAGAGGAUAUAGAAAUAUAUAUAUAUACACAAGUAUGAAAGUUAUGUGAACUCCAGCUGACCAGUUCUAGGGCUCUCUUCUCCAGUCGAGUGGAUCCAGGUCAGGGGAGCCCCUGGGAUCCACCACGUCACCAAUCUGAGGGAGCCUUAAAAUACUCAAGCAAAAUAACAAAAAAGGUCAAAGACUCUGAACCGAAUAUUCUUUCUUUCUUGGUUCUUUUAUGUUUCGGGAGGUUUAUUUAUUUUCCUUGAUUUAGUUUUUGUUUGCUGCUCUCUUAAUGAUAUACACCACAUGGCCAGAGGUAGCCAUGUACAGCCAAGGAACUAUAGACUUCAUGUACAACAGCUGAUGUGUGCGCCGAGUGCCUGCCCGAAUGUCUGGAGGAAGAUUGUUGCCAUAUACAGCAUCACGUGUGUUCGUUUCAUAUCAGGUUGUGGUGUCCAUAGAAAAUAUUGUUUGCAGGAUGUUUCAAUAAAGUGAUAGAAAACUAUACAGGGGAGAGGAUUGGCGAGGGCUUGGGUCUGCUGUGAGAUCUGGCCAGUGUUUGUAGACAAUGCAGAAUACCGUCACAAGGCCAAAUCUGCCUGCGAGAAAGGGGCGACGAAGCCUCCGUCCUUUUGUCCUUGCAGCCAAACAUCAACAAUUGAAAAUGAGCCAGAAAUGGGGAAAAAAAUUAAUUCAAGACAAGAAAAACUUCCACAAAUGAGGAAGGAUCCGAGGCUUUUUUUUUUGCGUUCUGGUUUUGUGACUUCCUGCAAUGCAUGCAAAAAAAAUAAAAAAUUGCAAAAAAAACUCACAAAAAAUAGAACUGGUUCAGGACUGUAGAGAAUGUGUUGGAUUAAACACAAGCUGAACACAAAGGUGUUGUGCUCGGCAGAAGAGACCAGUCCCUGGACCCUGGCCAGUCUGCCUUCACUCGAGGACUGAGACGCAGAGAGACGACGAGGAGUUUUCUUACAAGUAGAAUCUAUAUAUACAUAUAAUAUAAUAUGCAGAGAUAUUUAUUCAGAUGACUGCUAUUUCUUUAUUGGUACAAGAACGCUGUGUUUUAAUGGAAGAUUUUGUCAUUAACCCCCUCAGUGCCAUGCAGGUAAAGGUAU